UUGUUGUUUGUGUGUGUUUGUUUGCUCCCCCAAAUUACUUGUUUCAUUUGGAUGGAGUCCUUAAAUACUUUCUUCAUACAGAGGAGAUUACACAGAAACACAAACAACAAGAAAGAAGAUUUACACACGAAAAUUGAAUGAUCACAAUGACAAGCCCUUCAUUUUGAAGAGAAGUUGUCCUUCCCACACACAUGAAGGCAGGCCGUCAGAUGUUUGAGGGGACUGCUGCCCACCGAUGGAUGUCCUGGAGAGCGCUCUACCUGUUGGCUGCAGGUGUGGCAUUAACAACUGAAACACGCUGGCUGUGCACACCAUCCUGCCACUGCAAUGCUUCUGCACUGGAGGUGAAUUGCUCAGGUGGCCAGCUCACCACCGUGCCCGAUGGCCUUGCUCAAGAAGCUAAGAUAUUGAACUUAUCUCACAAUUCAAUCAAGGCUCUGUUGCAUCAGCAGUUUUACAUGCUAGCACAACUGUUGCAUUUGGAUUUAAGUAACAAUCUCUUGGUAUUGAUUGAAGUGGAAGCUUUUCUGGGCUUGCAAAGCCUUUUGACUCUGCGUCUUUCUCACAAUCACCUCAAGAUUAUUCCAGUGGGAGCAUUUGCUGGUUUGAUAAAUCUUCAGUUACUUGACAUAAGCAGCAAUCAGAUUCUUGUGUUCCUGGACUCUACUUUCAGCGACUUAGCAGCCCUGCAGUUUUUCACAGCAGCUGAUAAUGACUUAGUUUAUAUCUCUCAUCAGGCUUUCGCUGGACUAACCAGUUUACAGGAGCUGGACCUCGAUGGCUCAAACCUCACUGCUGUGCCAUCAGAGGCACUCACUCAGCUUCGAGUGUUGAGAGGCCUUCAUUUUCACCGGCUUGGCCUCACCACACUACCAAACUAUUCUUUCAGUCAUCUAGCACACCUCAAGGAACUCAUCAUUGCUCAUUGCCCCAGACUGGAUACUCUGUCAGGGAACAGUCUUUUUGGCCUCAAUCUCACAUCCUUAACAAUCAAACACUGCAACCUUAAUGCUGUGCCCUACAUCCCUUUACAUCACCUUGUAUAUCUUCUAUUCAUUGACCUUUCUUUUAAUCCUAUUAGCUACAUUCAUGGAAACCAGCUUGGAGAUUUACUCCGGCUCCAAGAGUUCCAUCUUGUUGGGGCGUCAUUACUACAUAUUGAAGUUGGAGCGUUCAGGGGUUUGGCACAUUUAAAAUUGCUCAAUGUGUCAAGAAACCUGCUUACCACACUUGAGGCUGGAGCUUUUCAUUCAGUUGAAACUCUCCAUGGUUUGGGGCUUGAUAGCAACCCACUAGCAUGUGACUGUCGUUUGCUUUGGGUGGCGCGAAAACGACUGUAUAUGGACUUUGGUGGGUAUCCACCCACUUGCACUACCUCAGUCCAGUUGCAGGGCUGGAACUUUUUGGAUUUCUCUGAGGAAGAACUCCCAAAUCUGCUCACCUGCCGGCAACCUCGAAUUUUGAACCGCAAACUUCAAAAUAUCAGAGUGGAUCAGGGACACACGGUGGUGUUUUAUUGCCAUGCAGAAGGUGACCCUCUGCCAUCUGUUAGCUGGCUAAACCCACAGCUAAGACAUGUUUCACAAUUCGGGAGAGUACGAGCUCUCUCCAAUGGAUCUCUGGAGAUUCGCUAUGCUCAGCCUCAUGAUAGCGGGACUUAUAUCUGUGUGGCAUUAAAUGCAGCAGGAAACGACAGCCUGCCUGUCACCCUUCAUGUCCAAGGCUUUCUACCAUCUUCUAAAACCCAUUUUCGUCUUCAAGGUUGGUCUACCUUUCCAUCUGCUUCUCCAAGUGUAAAUGGAAAUCAGAAAUUCCCAUUUGAUGUCAAGACUCUACUAAUAGCUGCAACCAUUGGGUUUCUCUCCUUUUUCAGCUCUGUGACUGUAUGUUUCAUUUUCAUGUUUUUCUGGAGUAAAAGCAAAGGCCAAAUCAAGCACACAGCCACAAUCGCAUAUGUGCCACGAAGCGCCAUGUCAAAUACUAACGGAGGGACAAGCAACUACAUGGAGACAAGCAGAUUUACCAUGAAACUCAUAUGAGUCAGCUUAUUUUAAAAAAGAAAAGAAAAGAAAGAAAUUGUUCCUUUAAUGCGAGUUAGCAAAUUCUAAAUUUUAAAAUGUUUAUUGUAAUAGCAAUUUCUAGACUAAAUAAUGGAGUUUUAGAGUUUAUUAUAUCUUUCCAUCAGGUCUGACUUCUGAUAAGUCAGAAGUUUAAGGAAGUGUAACAUACAUAAAUACAUGCAUGUUAUAUUCUAGACAUGAAUAAGAUUUUCAGUUAAAUUCUAGUGUUUUCUAAGGGAACAUUAUUAAUCAGGUUUCUUUCUAUGUUUAUUUUAUGAGACACAAUCUGCACUUUAACAAAAAAUUGUGUGACUGAGCUGAAUGUGUAAAAGAUGUAAAUUAGUCAGAACUGGUCAUUUUGUAUAUUAGUCAGUUUUAUAUUCAUAUGCAGAAACCUUUGCAAUAAUUAAAAAAAUCAAAAGAAAUAUGUAUUAUAUGUUUUGAUUAAAACACUUAUUUUGGACAUUAGAGAUGUAGAAUACAAUAAUGAGAAUGGUAACCUUACAUUAAGGUUUUUGUAGGCUGCAUUUAAUUUGUAUAGGAUUAUAUUUGUUACUGAUGAUCAUUUUCUGGUAUCGUAAUUGUCAUAUUCUCUAAUAUAAAUUAGAAUGUAAGUUUUUUCUUUCUUUCUUUUUUUACUUUACCUUCCUAGAAAGUGGCACCCAAUAAAAAUGACUUUGAACUGUG